ACUUGCCAUGGGCUGUUGAUGACUGAAAUAAUGAUGUCUUUGUCGUUUCGGGAUAUACAACCAGAGACAACAAGAACUUAAGAUGGAAUGAGCAAUGCGAAAUAACGCAAGCAAAGAUGAGAUGAGAUGAAAUGAAACGAUACGAACGAACGAACGAACGAAUUCAGGUUCAAAGCAACUGGCCGGCCUGUUCGAGCUUGGAACGAUGGAUACCUAUAUAUAACCAGGUGGAGCCUGGGACACGAUCUAUUCUUCGAGGAUAUGAGUUGGUUCUAGCGAACGUCUAUGAUGGCUUCGAUUAUCCCGAUGCGUUGCUUAUAACCCAAGGGCCAGCCCAAUAUUCUCGGGGUUUGCUGUUGUUGUUUUUUUUACUGGGUCAUAUAUGGUCGAGUCUUUAUAUUAUGGAAAUUCACUGCAGGAUACCCACCGAUACCUAUAUUUAUUUGUUUAUUUUUCUAUAUUUCUAUAUUUCUAUAUACCUUCCCUACCUACCUUGAUAUAUUAAAAUAAGGUAGCUUCUCGUACGCGCGUGUAACGUAAUUUGUAAUAGUCAUUAUGGUCAAGGUAGUAGAUGCAUGCUUAGAAGUAAACCACU